AUGCCUAAAGACGUUUCGCAGUCUGCAGAACGAUACCAAGCAGAAACCACAAUCGAACUUCGCCGCAGAAACGUAUCUGUCGAUUCGGUCUCGGUUUCGGAAGACGAAAUUGAGUAUCCUGACGGAGGACUGAAAGCUUACAUCGUGCUAUUUGGAGCUUUCCUCGGGUUCACCGUCAAUUUUGGUCUUAUUAAUUCUGUGGGAGCUGUGCAAUCCUACCUGAAUAACCAUCAAUUGCAGCAUGUUUCGUCUUCUAUUUCGUCGUUAAUUUUCUCCAUUUUCUUGAGCAUUAGUUACGUUGCAGGUAUAUUUUCAGGGGUGCUAUUUGAUGAGUUUGGGAGCCGGAUUCCUAUCAUGACGGGAACAGUGCUACUGUUUGUGGGGCUAUUUGCCACAGGUGAAUGUGAGUCGGUGGCAUCAUUUGUCCUGGUGUUUGGACUCAUUGCAGGAACAGGGUUGGGAUUCUUGAUGUCUCCUCUUGGUGGUGUGGUUUCACACUAUUUCAUGAAGAAAAGAGCUAGAGCUUUUGCAAUUGCUACGCUUGGUGGAUCUGUGGGAGGUAUCAUAUACCCAUUGAUCUUGAAUAAGCUGUACAUCUCUGUGGGCUUCAAAUGGACCAUGAGAAUUUUGGCAUUUAUUUGUACCGGUUUGCUUCUUGCUUCUUUCACUCUCAGCAAAGAGAGACUGCGUCCCGAGUCUCCGUUUGCUGAUCCAGAUCUGUCGCCUGGAAAGAAAACCAAGCUCGUGUUGAAGAACAUCUAUUUGAUGAGUAGACGUUCGAUCGACUUCAAAGCUCUGAAAGAUCCAAAGUUCCUGUUCUGCACGUUGGGAGGAGCGUUCAUCGAGGUCUCACUUGUGUGCUCGCUGACCUAUUACGCAUCGUUCAUUGUGUUUAUUGGUUUCUCGGAAACCCAAGGUAACACUAUGCUGACUAUAGUGAAUGCUGUGGGAAUUCUGGGUAGAUUCAUUCCAGGAGUCAUUGCAGACAAGGUUGGGCCUUUUAAUGUGAUGAUUUUCAUGUGUACAGGUAUCGCGCUUUCUGACUUGGCGUUAUGGUUAGGCUAUGCUACCAAUUCCAGAAGCUUGGCAUCAUUGUACACUUUUGCCACGGUUUACGGAUUCUUCAGUUCUUCUGCACUGAGCUUGACGCCUGCAUGCUGCGGAGCUGUGUCUCCAACGAAAGAUUUCGGCAAGCGGUACGCUACGCUUGCGUUUGUCAUUGGCCUGCUUUUCUUAGCGGGAUUGACGGCCGGAGGAGCAAUUAUCGGACAGCAAUCGAUCAAGUCGUACCAGAACUUUGUGGUAUACACGGGAACGCUAGCAGCGCUAGCUGUUGUCAUGUGGACGGUGGCGCGGGUCAGCAUCACCGGAUGGAAGCUUGGUGUGCGGGCAUAA